GCAUCCUUUGUGAACGCGCCACUUAUAUCAGCGGUCCGUGCCCUUCAAGUGACACUUCUCGGUUAGUAACCGCCGCGGACGGAGCUGGUUUUUCUCCCGUUGCGAUCAAGAGGACGACAUGAGCAAGAUCGGAAUCAACGGAUUCGGCCGUAUCGGCCGUCUCGUGCUGAGGGCUUCCCUGGAGCGCGGUGGUCAGGUCGUCGCCAUCAAUGAUCCCUUCAUCGGUCUCGACUACAUGGUCUACAUGUUUAAAUACGACUCCACCCAUGGCAGAUUCAAGGGGGAAAUCAAAGCGGAGGAUGGCUGUCUGGUCGUCAAUGGAAGCAAGAUCGCCGUUUACAGCGAACGCGAGCCGAAGGCGAUUCCGUGGGCGAAGGCCGGCGCCGAGUACAUCGUCGAGUCGACCGGCGUGUUCACGACCAUCGAGAAGGCGUCCGCUCACUUGGAAGGCGGUGCCAAGAAGGUCAUAAUCUCCGCUCCGUCGGCGGAUGCGCCGAUGUUCGUCGUCGGUGUGAACCUGGAGGCUUACGAUCCGACCUGCAAAGUAGUCUCCAACGCCUCCUGCACCACCAACUGCUUGGCGCCUCUCGCCAAAGUAAUCCACGACAACUUCGAGAUCGUUGAAGGCCUCAUGACUACCGUGCACGCGAUCACGGCCACCCAGAAAACCGUCGACGGGCCUUCCGGCAAGCUGUGGCGUGACGGUCGUGGCGCGGCGCAGAAUAUAAUACCCGCGUCGACCGGCGCCGCGAAAGCGGUGGGCAAGGUCAUCCCAGCCCUGAACGGGAAGCUCACGGGUAUGGCCUUCCGCGUGCCCGUGCACAACGUGUCCGUCGUCGACUUGACGGUCCGACUCGCCAAGCCCGCCACUUACGACGAAAUCAAGGCGAAAGUGAAGGAGGCCGCCGCCGGCCCUCUGAACGGCAUCCUGAGCUACACCGAGGACGACGUGGUCUCGUCCGAUUUCAUCGGCGACAACCACUCCAGUAUCUUCGACGCUAAGGCCGGCAUACCUCUCAAUGACAACUUCGUGAAGCUCAUCUCGUGGUACGACAACGAGUUCGGCUACUCCAGCCGGGUGAUCGACCUGAUCAAGUACAUGCAGAGCAAGGACUAAGCUGUCCUCAGAAGUCGG